AAACAAUCAAAUGUAUAAAACAAAUUAAAAAAUAAACUGAAAAUUCGCAUUACACGGAAACACAGUUUUCCGUAUUCUAGAUUCGCAUCAGUUCCCCCAAAUUGUUGUUUGGAGAAGAAGCUUUCUGAAAUCCGGUAAAGAUGAUGGUCGAGGAUCUGGGCGUCGAAGCCAAGGAAGCGGCGGUUCGUGAGGUGGCCAAGAUACUCCCUCUUCCCGAGCUUUUACAAUCUAUUUCCUCCAUCAAAGCUGAUUACAUCACUCGUCAACAGGCAAAUGACGCACAACUUAGUACAAUGGUUGCAGAGCAGGUUGAGCAGGCCCAAGCUGGGCUGAGAUCGCUUACAUCAUCUCAGAAAAUAAUAACCCAUCUGCGUGGAAACUUUAUUUCUAUCGAAAAAUUAUGCCAAGAGUGCCAAAUAAUUGAAAACCAUGAUCAUAAGCUUCUCAGCAAUGUCAGGAACAACUUAAAUACAACACUCAAGGAUGUUGAGGGUAUGAUGUCCAUUUCAGUUGAAGCUUCUGAGGCCCGAAAUUCGUUGAGUGAUGAUAAAGAACUUGUCAAUACAUAUGAGAGGUUAACUGCACUUGAUGGGAAGCGGCGGUUUGCUUUAGCAGCUGUGGCAUCUCAUAAAGAAGAGGUUGGCAGGUUAAGAGAAUAUUUUGAAGAUGUUGAUCGAACCUGGGAGACAUUUGAGAAAGCGUUAUGGGGUCAUAUUGCGAAUUUCUACAAACUUUCGAAAGAAAGUCCACAAACCUUGGUUCGUGCUUUGAGAGUUGUUGAAAUGCAAGAAAUUCUUGAUCAACAACUUGCUGAGGAGGCAGCAGAGGCUGAAGGUGAUGAUGCGAUGGCAGCUAUUGCAAACCCUCGUAGAACUGGCAAAAAAUUUACCAAGGCUUUAGCUUCUUCUAAAAGUUUAGCAUUGCGAAAAGCGAAAGUUCAGGGGAAAGGCUACAAGGAUAAAUGCUAUGAUCAAAUAAGGAAAACAGUUGAAGAGCGGUUCAACAAACUUUUGACAGAGCUUGUCUUUGAAGACCUAAAAGCAGCUUUGGAGGAAGUUCAACGGUAUGCUAAACUGAUUGGAGAAGAACUUGGAGACAUUUAUGAUUAUGUAGCUCCGUGUUUUCCUCCAAGAUACGAAAUAUUCCAGCUAAUGGUAAAUCUGUAUACAGAGAGGUUUAUUCAAAUGCUUAGAUUGCUUAGUGACAGAGCGAAUGAACUGACAAACAUUGAGAUAUUAAAGGUAACUGGGUGGGUAGUUGAAUACCAAGAAAGUUUAAUUGGGCUUGGUGUUGAUGAGACUCUUGCUCAAGUCUGUUCCGAGAGUGGAUCCAUGGAUCCUCUCAUGAAUGCGUAUGUUGAGAGAAUGCAAGCCACAACAAGGAAAUGGUAUUUAAACAUCUUGGAGGCUGACAAGGUCCAACCACCAAAGAAGAAAGAAGAGGGAAAACUAUAUACUCCAGCUGCAGUUGAUUUAUUCAGGAUCCUUGGUGAGCAAGUACAGAUUGUGAGGGAUAAUAGCACUGAUGCCAUGCUUUACAGGAUUGCUUUGGCAAUAAUUCAGGUGAUGUUUGAUUUUCAAGUGGCUGAAAAGAAGAGACUCGAAGAACCUGCUUCUGAUAUUGGUCUAGAAUCUCUCUGCGCAAUGAUUAACAACAAUUUGUGCUGUUAUGACCUUGCUCUGGAGUUAAGUAACAGCAUCAUAGAGGCUCUUACACAAAACUACGCCGACCAGGUAAAUUUUGAAGACGCAUGCAAAGGUUUCUUGGAAGUCGCGAAGGAAGCUGUACAUCAAACCGUUAAUGUAAUCUUUGAGGAUCCUGGAGUGCAAGAGUUGCUUGUAAAACUUUAUCACACAGAGUGGUGCGAAGGGCAGGUUACUGAGUACCUGGUUGCGACAUUUGGUGACUAUUUUACAGAUGUUAAGAUGUAUAUUGAAGAGCGAUCUUUCAGAAGAUUUGUUGAAGCAUGCUUGGAGGAAACGGCAGUUGUCUACGUUGAUCAUCUUUUGUCAAUGAAAAACUAUUACAUCAAGGAGGAAACUAUUGAACGGAUGAGACUAGAUGAGGAGGUUCUAAUGGACUUCUUCAGGGAGUAUAUUAGUGUCCAGAAAGUUGAAAGCAGAGUCCGGAUACUGAGUGAUCUGAGAGAUCUUGCUUCAGCCGAGAGUCUGGACACGUUCACGCUAAUUUAUUCAAAUAUUCUUGAGCACCAACCUGACUGCCCGCCUGAUGUUGUCGAGAAGCUCGUUGGAAUGCGAGAAGGCAUCCCACGCAAAGAUGCGAAGGAGGUUGUGCAAGAAUGCAAGGAAAUCUACGAGAACUCGCUUGUUGGGGGGAAACCGCCGAGGACGGGAUUCGUUUUCCCAAGGGUCAAGUGUUUGACGGCCACAUCUAAAGGUGGUUUUAUUUGGCGUAAACUCACUUAAAUACCUGCAGUUGUCGGGGGUUGGUUGCUUUCUUUUAUUUUCUUUGUUUGCAUAUUCUAUGCUGCAAUUAUUUGUAGUAAUAAAUUUGCUUUUGGGUAUAUUUGUGUUAGCCAAUGA